CGAAGCAGACGCAGCGCCAGUGGCUCCGCGGCUCCGCUCCCUGGUUCUCCGUCUGUGCGAAUGAGAAGCUGCGAGCAUGGAGGACACGCGAAGAGACAAGAAACCCACGGGACUGCGGACCAAGCGACUUUUUGCUUUUUACCGAUGCACUUUCUAUUUAUUCCUCUUGAGUCUGGAACUGAAGAGCGGCGUGACCGAACCCACAGACUCGGACGACUUCGCCUUCCUCCAAGAAGCCACCCAGAGCUGCCUGGGGGUGUUGGACGGCUCCCUCGCCCUGUCCACUGACUGUGCUGCCGCCAGUCAGCGGUGGAAAUGGGUGACCCGGGGUCGCUUGUUCAACCUGGGCUCUUCGCUGUGCCUGGGAAUAACCGUGGGAAACGCCACCAGCAGAUCGGAGAAACUGGGCGUGUACACCUGUGACCACGAGCCUCCCAGAGUCCGCUGGACAUGGAACUGUGGCCAGCUGCUGGAAACGUUCAACAGCAACCUUCCGCCUGCGUUUUUCGACCCGUCAAAACCAGCAGCCUUGUCCAAGUGGAAGAUGCACGGCGGAGUCCAGGACCCUUGCACCAAGACAUAUCAGCAGAUCUUCACCAUUCAGGGAAACUCCCACGGUCGUCCCUGCUACUUUCCCUUCCUGUACGAUGGCCAGUGGUUCCACAACUGCACCAGCUUUGGACGAGAGGAUGGGCACAUCUGGUGUGCCACCAGCUACGACUAUGGCAAAGAUGAGCUCUGGGGCUUCUGUCCUGUAAAGAGCCGUGGCUGCGAGACCUUUUGGGACAGUGACCCACUGACGGACAGCUGUUACCAGUUUAACUUCCAAGCCACACUGUCGUGGAGCGAAGCUUGGGUCAGCUGCCAGCAGCAGGGAGCCGACUUGUUGAGCAUCACCAAGCUGCACGAGCAGACCUACAUCAACGGACUGCUGACAGGCUACAGUGCUUCUCUGUGGAUCGGCCUCAACGACCUGGACGUGAACGGAGGCUGGCAGUGGGCCGACUCCUCGCCACUCAAAUAUCUUAACUGGGAGACAGACAUGCCGAGCUUCUCGGAGGAGGCGAACUGUGCCGUGAUCAGAACGGACUCCUCUGGUCGCUGGCAAAAUCGGGAUUGUUCUAUUGCGCUCCCCUAUGUCUGCAAGAAGAGGCCCAACGCCACGAUGGACCCAUUCACCACUGACUCGUGGACGGACGACCAGAAAUACGAGUGUGAUGUGGGAUGGCAGGCCUUCCAAGCCGGCUGUUACAAGGUGACCUCAGAGAAGACGGACUGGGACGUGGCCCAGAAGACCUGCCAAAAGAUGGAGGCCAACCUGGUCAGCAUCCACACGCUCCCGGAACUGGAGUUCAUUCUGAAUCAGCUGAAGAAGGAUUUCGAGCAGCUGUGGAUCGGCCUCCACGACAUCAACAUGCAAAUGGACUUCCAGUGGUCGGACCACACGCCGGUCAUCUUCACCUUCUGGCACGCGUACGAGCCCAACAACUUCCGCAACACCCAAGAGGAUUGUGUCUCCAUGUGGGGAGCUGAGGGUCGCUGGGAUGACAGCCCCUGUAACCUGACCCUGCCGUCCAUCUGUAAGAAGCCAGGUACCAAGAGUGACGGAAAGCCUCAGCACCAAGACUGCAAAAAAGGCUGGAAGUGGCACAGUCCAGCUUGCUACUGGGUUGGAGAAGACCUGCUCACAUUUGAUGCCGCCAGGAAGUCCUGUGAGGACCAUGGAGCAACACUUAUCACCAUCACGAACAGGUUCGAACAGGCCUUUGCCAACAGUCUGGUGUUUGGUCACUCUGGUGAUUCCUUCUGGAUAGGGCUUCAUAACCGGGACAAUCCUGGAACCUACCGCUGGCUCAGUGGAGAUGACGUGUCAUACACAAACUGGAAUCGAGACCAACCUGUCAAUGUCCGUGGCGGCUGCGUCUCCAUGGCGACUUUUCUGGCGACGGGUCUGUGGGAGGUGAGGCCGUGUGACUCAUACAAGGCGAAGUUCAUCUGCCGUCAGAACCAGGACACGUCCUUGAGCCCGGAGCCCCCCACCCCGCAGCCCACACCCAGCCUCACUGGCUCCUGCCCGAACGGCUGGAAGAGCAACAGCAACCUGCGCCACUGUUACAAGGUGUUCCACUCCUCCCAGCUGGAGCAGAAGCUCACCUGGAUGAAGGCUCACGUGUUCUGUCAGAAGCAUGGGGCCAAUCUGCUGAGCAUCACCGGCGCUGAGGAGGAGCACUUCGUCCUGCAGGUGCUCCACGAAGCUUUUGGAGAGUCUGAGGACCAUGAGCAGCACUGGUUUUGGAUCGGGCUGAACCGCAGGAACCCCAUGGAUAACGGCAGCUGGAAGUGGAGCGACGGCCUGGCUUUCACGUACCAGAACUUUGGCCGCUACAACUACAACAUCCGACAAUGUGCCGCCGCAGACUUGGGCACCAUGACCUGGCUGGCCAUGCACUGUGACUCGGAGUUGGACUGGAUCUGCAAAAUCCCCAGAGGAAGUGUUGAGAAGGAACCAGAAGCUGAAGAAGGGGCCAAGUCACCCGAGUGGAUCGGAUUUCAGGAGGCAGAGUACAAGUUCUUUGACCACCGCACCACUUGGGACCAGGCCCAGAGGAUUUGCUCCUGGUUUGAUUCCUCGCUGGCCUCGGUCCAUUCGGCUGAAGAGGAGGCUUUUCUGACCAACACGCUGCUGAAGAUGGAGAAGGUGGCAGUGGACAACUGGUGGUUGGGGCUCCACACCUACGAGAACGACGGCCGCUUCCGCUGGUCUGAUCACUCUGUGCUCAACUAUGUUGCCUGGGCACUUGGAAAGCCGCGCGCACUCAGUCGUGAUCGGAAAUGUGUCCACAUCACAGCAAGUAAAGGAGAGUGGGCCGAUCAGAAGUGCCACUCCGACCUGCCCUACAUCUGCAAGAGAGUGAAUGUCACCGGAACCAUCCCUCCCACCCCUUCCUCUCCACACCCGCCUGCCGGUUGUCCAGAUGGGUGGUCGCCUUACCAGCAUAAGUGUUUUCGAGUGUUUGACCAGCCACAUCGGAGCACAUGGUCUGCGGCGAAGUUGAAGUGCGAGACUCACGGCGGGGUUCUGGCCACGGUGUCCAAUCACGUGGAGCAAGCCUUCGUCACCACGCUUCUGACCAACAUCAGCGGGGACCUCUGGGUCAGUCUGACUUCAGACUCCAAAGGCCACUUCCAGUGGUCUCAGUCUCGCUUGCUGAGCUACACCAACUGGGCCCCGGGAGAGCCGGUGGACAACAGUGGCCCACACCACAACAAGACCCCGGGAAACUGUGUGGCCAUGGUCCACGGGAACCCCUGGAAGAACACUGGCAUGUGGGCGUCGAGAGCCUGUGAGAUGGAAAGCUACGGCUUCAUAUGUCAGAGAGGACAAGACCCAGGUCUGGAUCCGGCUGCGCCGCUCAUCCCCGAGGUGAUAUCGAAGCCGGUGGAACUGGGCGGAGUGACGUACCGGGUGGUGCAGAAGAGCCUGGACUGGACCGGCGCGCUGCACCUUUGCGAGUCCUUGAACGGGACCCUGGCCACAGUGAAGGAUCCAUUCCAGCAGGCUCACCUCACGCUGCUGAUGAACAGCCUGCGGCGCCCCGCCUGGCUCGCCCUCUACAACUACGGGGGGCGAAGCUUCACCUGGUUGGGCGAAGAGGAAGUGUCCUAUUCCAACUGGAAAGACGGAGAGCCAAAUCAGAUGGCAGGCUGUGGUCACAUGACAACAAGUGGGCAGUGGACAAUGACGCCCUGUGAUGCUAAAGUGGAGGCCGCGAUCUGUCAGUUGAGUGAGGAUCCAGUGGUGCACCAGUGGAUCUACCCGGGCCAGUGCCCCCGCUCCAUCAGCGAGUGGUCCUGGGUCUCCUUCAGGAACAACUGCUACGCCUUCAAUCUGCAGAGCCUGAAGCUGCAGCAGGAUGCACGCUCGGCCUGCGAGAAGGUGGGAUCAGAACUGCUCUCUAUCCUGGAUGAGACCGAGAACGGAUUCAUUUGGGAACAUAUCCAGAGCUACGCGGAGCAGGCGCACGGUGCCUGGCUGGGCAUCAGUGUGAAAGGUCGAGGUCUGGUCUGGAGUGAGGAGAGGGAAAUGUCCUACACCAACUGGGAGAAGCACGACGCCGCCUUCUCGGUUCUGUCGCCGAACUCCUGCUUCUGGAUCCAGAGCAACAGCGGCCUGUGGAAGCCCGGCUCCUGCAGGAACAGAACGCACGGCAUCAUCUGCAAACGGCCUCGCAGUCUGGACACCACAGAGGCCCCCAUUGAGAGAGACCACCUUCCGAUCCUGAUCGUCGUCAUGGUAACGGGCCUAGUUCUGAUCACGCUCAUCGUGGGAAUCAUCUACCUUUACCGCCGCCGCACCAUCGGCGCCCGGGGGUCCUACGAAGGCGCCCGCUACAGCCGCACCAACUCCAGCAAUGGAGAGCAGACAGAGAAGAACAUCCUGGUGUCGGACAUGGAGCUGAACGAGCAGGCGGAGUAGCAGCGCCGCCUGUGGCAGAUGACUGGAACUACUUUUUUUGAACCAAGAUUUUGAAGUGCUGAAGGGCUGUGUGGAGCACAGCAGGUUUUUAAAUGAAGGUUCGUUCUCGUCCGUCCUCACAGUCCAAGCACAUUCCAUCACAACACAUUACUUAUCUUCCUAUAAGAUGGAUUUUUAUUUUUCCUUUGCACAAUGUUUAUAGUCCAGACCCGGCCUUUUCUCUCGCUUCAUGGAACCUUUUUUUUUUUUUUUUUUUUUUUUUUUUUUUUUUAAUUCCCGCCAGUGUUGACUUCUUCUUUUCUCAGCUGUAACAAAAGUGUCGAUGCAUGUUUUUCUUUUCUUCUGAGGGGACACGUCAGCACCAGCUGUUGGAUUGAACAAAAGCACAAACGGGACCACUGUGGAUGUUUUCGGUUCCAACUCUGUGAGAGAAGAGCAGAGCACAUAUUUGGCGACGGAAGCUGGUCUUUAACUGACUUGUCUCGGCAACAAAGGUUUGUUGGAUUGUGGUUCAUCUCCAGCUCAGUCCAGGUUGAGUCUUUCUCCACAUUUUGGUGACACCUCACUUCUGUUUGUGUUGGACCCCCUCACUCAUCCCCUCCUCCACCUCGUGCUGAGUCAGCAGUUUUGUCUUUGAAAGGGCAGCCAGUCUCUCUCAGCGCACCACAAGAGGGCGGUUUUGUAAUAGGAGCGCCUUCCCGUAUUUGGGGGGUCACUUCUGUUCUAUUCAUUUUUCUCCCUCCUGUGUGUUUGAAAUCUGGAUGAACUCACCCCCCGACACACACACACACACACUCACAUCUCUCAUGUGUGGCACGCGACGAGGAAUGUUUGGUGGUUUUACAGUCGAGCAGGUGAUAAACAACUGCACACACCAAAGGAAGCAUCGAUCUUAAAACUGGAGUCCUCAUUGAUGCGCACCAACACACGAGUGGAAUCUGAGCCGUCUACACUUCACCCUCAAGUGAGUCGAAGCUACACUCGAACAACACUAAGAAUACCACAGGCAUUACUGCACGAUACGCUAUAAAAACAGACAAAAAACCUCGACAAACUUCUGAAAUAAAACUACAAUCCUCCCUGGUAUGUAAACCAUCAUCAAAAACACAAAGUAUUAUCACACUUGUACCAUGACACGAUCUGAGUGACACUCUGACGCAUACCUACUUUGUCACACAAAAUACUACACUUCUACUCCAAAACCUCAAAUGAAGUUACAGUGUAGUACAGAAUAAAACAAAUACAACAAACAAGAAAACAUGGCCACACUUAAAAUCUGUGUUGUUAUAAGGUACAAUAUGUUCAAACCAGACACAAUUCGGUGGUAUUUGUAGUGCUACUCACACCCACAUAGUCAUGCGUAGUCUUUUUUUUUCACGUUUAAGACUACGUGAGUCUGCUGGGACACGGGUUUAAAGGUGGUGGACGGUCUGCAUGGCGGGUUAAACUGGCUUUAUUUACAGUAAAACAAGAUCAUCUCUGUGUCUCUCACUGUCGCAAGAGGCGCUAGCAAUUCCCUGAGAAGUGAAUACUAUGGACUGCGACGCCAAAAUAGACUGUGGGCGGUUAAUAUUGGAGUUUAGAUUUUUCAACUGUGAUGCGACAGAUGCUUAUAAACCCUUUUGCUCCAAACUUGUCGCAUCGAUUGGAAGCGUUUUGCAAGUUUGCCACACGUGUAGUGCGUACACACUGAUCAAACUCCACCCGCACCUUCAUUCACACCAUUGUACACUCCACAACACACGUUCCAAAAAGCGUCGGAAUGAAAGCUAAACUCAGUUGCCAUGUAUAGCGAACACAACAACACACCACACUGAUCACGAGUGCAGGUUGUCAGCAUCAUUGUGUUCAGUGCCGUGGUGAGGUGACAUCAGCGACCACACACCAACUGAACCUCCAGCUCUCCACGGGGGCAAUGUCUGCGCUCUGGAAUGUUUAGGGAGCCAGCCUUUUUCACAGAGGAGGAGAGGAAGAGAAGGAGUCAGUCGGCUUGUGAGUGUGUCUGGAGUGUGUGCGCUGUCUCCAGCUGUGGAAUGUUGAGUCGGCAAGAAGAGCUCAGUGGCACGUCUGGAUCUAAUCAAAGACCCAAGGCCCGGGGGACAUGAGGGGUCACGCAGACGCAGGGGGCGGGGGGGCGAAGGAGUCAGUGUUUCAUUCAUCUGGUUUGUUCCAGAACGCCCUCUUUAGGUGAGUUACUGUAGCAGUCAUUCACCAUCAGCUUAUGUGUGAGUCCCAAUGACUUUUGUGUAGCCUGUUUUAUAUGAUUAAAUAAAGUCUAUGUUUUCAAACGCUGUGUCAGAUGCGUCAGUGCAGAAUUUUGGUGUUUAAAGACUGAAUAGUCCCGAGAUGUUUAUCACUUGUUGAAGCAUAACUAAUCACUCUGUAGUGUCUGGCACUCUUGUUUAAAUACAGAUUAUCUUGCUAUUUUUCGAUUCAAAAAGUGCAAUACUCCAAUUUAAAUACAUGCACGGAGGAAUGGAGAGAGGAAAAUAAAUGCCAAAUACAUUUACAAAGUGUCUACCGUUUGAUAGUUCCAGCUGCCGCAUGAUUCAGGCGCGCGUCCACGGACAAGGAGACGCGCGUUUAAAAGGUGCAAUGGCAAAAGAAGUCCAGAAGAGGGCCCUCCCUACUCACGUUGCCUUCUUCAGUCGUCUGCUGUUUUCACUGCGUGUGAUGAGAGUGGCUCCAAAUCCAACGUUCCAACUGGUAUUGGAGGGUGUUGACGUCCUUCUGGCGAAGAUUUAAACAGGAUAUUUCAUAACAAACAA